ACAAGCAGCAUCCACCCGGCGGGAGGCCGGAGCCAGCGAGGCCCGAAAAGCUGCGGAGUGAGCCGGACGCUCCUUGUCCAGCGCGCGUCCUACUCCUCCUCCACUAACUCGGCCGCCCGUCCCCAAGCCUCGACUCGCUUUUUAGCCUUCGCAAAGCCUAGGGAGGGGGUUAGGAGCAGCCGCGCCCCCCUCCCUGCGGCUGCCUCCUCCUGCUUUUUCGGCUUUGCUCCCUGCCGCGUGCGCCAGGGCAGUGCGCCCCGGCAGGCCCCAGCCAUGUCGAUGCUGCCAUCGUUCGGCUUCACGCAGGAGCAAGUGGCGUGCGUAUGCGAGGUUUUGCAGCAAGGCGGGAACCUGGAGCGCCUGGGCAGGUUCUUGUGGUCGCUGCCCGCCUGCGACCACCUGCACAAGAACGAAAGCGUGCUCAAGGCCAAGGCCGUGGUCGCCUUCCACCGCGGCAACUUCCGCGAGCUCUACAAGAUCCUGGAGAGCCACCAGUUCUCGCCUCACAACCACCCCAAGCUGCAACAACUGUGGCUGAAGGCGCACUACGUGGAGGCCGAGAAGUUGCGCGGCCGGCCCCUGGGCGCGGUGGGCAAAUACCGGGUGCGCCGAAAAUUCCCGUUGCCGCGCACCAUCUGGGACGGCGAAGAGACCAGCUACUGCUUCAAGGAGAAGUCGCGGGGCGUGCUGCGGGAGUGGUACGCGCAUAACCCCUACCCCUCGCCGCGUGAGAAGCGGGAGCUGGCCGAGGCCACCGGCCUCACCACCACCCAAGUCAGCAACUGGUUUAAGAACCGGAGGCAAAGAGACCGGGCCGCCGAGGCCAAGGAAAGGGAGAACACUGAAAACAAUAACUCCUCCUCCAACAAGCAGAAUCAACUCUCUCCUCUGGAAGGGGGCAAGCCGCUCAUGUCCAGCUCAGAAGAAGAAUUCUCACCUCCCCAAAGUCCAGACCAGAACUCGGUCCUUCUGCUGCAGGGCAAUAUGAGCCACGCCAGGAGCUCAAACUAUUCUCUCCCAGGUUUAACCGCCUCUCAGCCCACCCACGGCCUGCAAGCCCACCAGCAUCAGCUCCAGGACUCUCUGCUGGGCCCCCUCACCUCCAGUCUGGUGGACUUGGGGUCCUAAGGGGGAGGGAUUGGGGCCUCGAAGCAGCGACUAGGGACACCUGUAAAUAGAAAUCAGGAACAUUUUUGCAGCUUGUUUCUGGGGUUCUUUGCGCAUAAAGGAAUGGUGGACUUUCACAAAUAUCUUUUUUAAAAUUCAAACCCAACAGCGAUCUCAAGCUUAGUGCCCUCUUCUCUCCAACUCUUUCCACUUUUGCAUUAUUUUCCCUCCCAGUGUGGAGAUCAGGGAAAAGAAAAAAAAAAAAAACCCAAACAAACAAAAACAUCCAGUCUCCCAGUCUUGGUUCUGGGCAACCCGUGUUCCUGCUUCAGUAGCCUUUCUUUUUUUUUUUUUCAAUCAAUGGGAAUUACAAAUCAACUGGAUUUUAAUUAUUUCAUUUUAAUUUAUUUAUGGAAAAAUGUUUUGAGAAGAGGAAAAGGAAAUGAAAAUGAGAGAGAGAGAGAGAGAGGAGAUCAAAACAGUGAAAAGAUCCUCCAGCCUGGGAGGAACUGGUUGCAUUCUUAAGGUGAAUAGGAAAAAUACAAUCUUAUAACUUUUUUUUGAUGGGGAAAAUCAAGUUUACAUUUUCAUAUUUAGUGUUAAACAAUUUUAUGUAGAUUAAAAUGAAAGAACAGUAUUAGGGGAAAAAACAAGUGCCUAAAUGUCUUAAUGCUGUCUAUGUGAGGCAGUUAGAAAUAGAAGUGACCAUUAGUAAUACAAAUACUUUUGUCAAAUUUAGUGGGGGUUUUUGGUUGUUGUUUGUUUUCUUGGGUUUUUUUUAUGGCAAACUUUAAAAAUGUACCAGUGUGAAAAAACACUUUCCUGAAUGCCAUUACUUCUCAUGCCCUUGAAGCUUUCUUAUAUGUAGCCUACUCCUGUUAAGGGUUUCUCCUGUUCCUAGUUUCUAGCUUGCAAAAAUACGUAACAAAUCUAGCAACCUGGUAUUUGUUACUAAAACAGCAUGUGUUUUCAGGUUUCUUUUCUAUUGUACCUAAACCAGUCUAAAUUAAAACUUAGUAGAACACCAGGAGUACUGAUUUUGUUUCUGAAAGGUGAGUUGUGUAUUGCUGUCAUUGGGCCCCCACCCCAUUUUUUUUAAACGAGUAGUUUUCUUGCUUUCUUACUUAAUGGUGGUUAUGAAUUGCAGGGUACUUUGAAGGCCAUCCCCUGAACCAGGAGUGGUGACUGAGUUAAUUAUAUGACAGAAAAAGAGUGAAUUUAGCUUUGGGGUAUUUAUUUAUUUUUUUAUUAUUUAGAGAUGCAGUUUUGUUUACCACUAGCUCUUCUCCACAUCAUUCGUAUGUUAGCUCUUUUGUAUUAUUAACAAAUUUAUGACAAGACUGUGAAAGUAAAAUAAUUUAUCUGCUUGGGGGAAAAAAAAAGGGAACUUGUACAAGGAUAGCAACAUUGUGAAUUACUCUGUACAAAUAGAAAGCAGACCAACAGGACAGGAGUUCUUUGCCGUGCUGCCUGAUAGUGUCCAGAAAAACCCCAGUAAUCAUGUAGGCUCCAAAUUAUUUUUGCCUGGGGCAAAAAUGAUGUAUCUUUGUAUUUAGCUUUUAAAAUUAGUGAAACAAAUGGCAUUAUUUAUUAAAAUUCUACUCAGGAUAACA